UUUUUCUAUUAUUUCUCUCGUUUUUUCCUAUUAUAUUCCCUUUCUCUUCUCUCUCUCUCUUUUUCAGUUAGAAGUUUCUCAUUUCCAAAUCUUAUAACCCAAAAUUAAACCCACCCCACACCACCUCUUUCUCUUUUUUCUUUCCUUUUUUUAUUUUUUCUUUCAACUUAUUAAUUUAUUUGAAGCUUUCAAACCCCCCAAUCUAUAUUCUCUAUUCCUUAAUUUCUCAUCAACCAAACACCACCUCUUCUAGUUCUUCUCCAUAAACAAACAAAAUAAAACGAAACAAAACUCAAAACUUCAUAAUGACUAAUAAUGAUAAUAAUCCUCCUCCUCCUCAGCCUCAGCUGCUAAUUCACCGAACCCACAUGCCUGAAUCUGAUCCUCAUCAUCAUCAUCAACCUCAACACUCUAAUAUUCCCGGACCCACCAACACCAAACCUCAGAAUUUCCUCAGCAAGUCCUCCUCCACACCUAUCCGAUACCUUUUCCAAAAGCAGAGACUCCUAUUCGUCCUCAUUGGUAUAGCCAUUGCCACUCUCUUCUUCAACACCGUCCCUGUUUCACUGCCACCACCACUGCUUUCUUCCACCACCACUGCUCUCUUCCACCACCAUUCCAAUAUUCCUGACAGUACUCUCCCCCCUCGCCGUGUCCUUUACGAGUCCACCACUACCACUCUCCGCGAAGGCUUUGGCUUCCCAUUUGUGUCCGAGUAUCGGGCCGAGGCCGAGACCGAGUCCGUCAGUGUGGGAGGGAAAGUCCCCUUGAGCCUGCCGAGGAAGCCGUUGAGGAUCGUGGUCACCGGUGGGGCCGGGUUCGUCGGCAGCCACCUCGUUGACCGUCUGAUCGCGAGGGGUGAUAGCGUCAUCGUCGUUGAUAAUUUCUUCACCGGUAGGAAAGAUAACCUUGUCCACCAUUUUGGGAACCCAAGGUUCGAGCUCAUUCGACACGACGUCGUCGAACCGAUACUCUUGGAAGUUGACCAGAUCUACCACUUGGCUUGCCCUGCUUCUCCUGUGCAUUACAAGUUCAACCCCGUCAAAACCAUCAAGACGAAUGUGGUGGGGACACUAAACAUGCUGGGAUUGGCGAAGAGGGUGGGAGCGAGGUUCCUGUUAACAAGCACGAGUGAGGUGUACGGAGACCCAUUGGAGCACCCACAGGCAGAGUCAUACUGGGGCAAUGUCAACCCCAUUGGUGUGAGGAGCUGCUAUGAUGAGGGUAAGCGCACGGCAGAGACCUUGAGCAUGGAUUAUCACAGAGGACUUGGCAUUGAGGUGAGAAUUGCUCGGAUUUUCAACACGUAUGGGCCACGUAUGUGCAUCGAUGAUGGUCGUGUUGUUAGCAACUUUGUGGCCCAGGCAUUAAGGAAGGAACCAUUGACAGUUUAUGGUGAUGGGAAGCAAACCAGGAGUUUCCAAUACGUCUCUGACCUGGUGGAGGGUCUAAUAAGGCUGAUGGAAGGUGAUCAUGUUGGUCCUUUCAAUCUUGGGAACCCUGGAGAAUUCACCAUGCUUGAACUUGCUCAGGUGGUGCAAGAGACUAUUGAUCCAAAUGCAAAGAUAGAGUUCAGACCAAACACAGAAGAUGAUCCCCAUAAGAGGAGGCCUGACAUUUCAAGGGCUAAGAAGCUUCUUGGAUGGGAGCCUACUGUGUCCCUCCGGAAGGGACUUCCAAUGAUGGUUUCCGACUUCCGGCAACGCAUAUUUGGCGACGAAAAGGAUAUGGAUUCUGGCUCUGCAAUAUCCUCCUAAAUGAUUUCAAGUAUGUUGAGAGACAAUAUGUAUAAGGAAAAAAAAAAAAAAAAAAAUGCUCCACAAAAUAAAAAAGAACCAAAAAGGAGUCCGUCAAAUAAGCUCUGUUUCCUUUCACUAUGUUACUCCCUGUGGCAAUAAAACAGGCAGCUUUGCUUAAAUAAGCCCCAGUUCUGCCAAAGAAAGAAAAUCAUGGGAGUUAUAGAGCUACAUUUAUAUAUAUAUAUAUAUAUAUAUUCUUUCUUACUUGUACAUUAUCUUUAUAUUAUUAUACAUACUUAUUUUU